GAGGAGGGUUAAGAAAAGAGGGAAAAGAUGGAGGGAAAGAGGAGGAGGUUACAAAUGGAGUCACAAGCAGAGAGUGUGAUUCUUCUCACGAAAAUCAAAGAAUUCACUCGAGUUUUGCUCACAGAUCUCACCAAUGGACGCUCACCACUCAUUCUCAUCGAUCGCUUCAGAAGCUACUGUGCCGUUCCCAACGCCAACUGGUUCCGUUCUAACUCCAACCAAUCACCUUUUCACCUUUUCGUUUCUGACAUUUUUUUGCAAUGCAGCUUUUGUGCCUCCGAUUUGCCGUACGGAAAGGAAGCUCUCACACUCAGCACGAAAUCCCGCGCGCACAGACUAGUUGUCAUGUUGAGGGUGAUGCUGAUUGUUCAGAAACUUUUGCAAGAGAACAAGCAUAGCUCCAAGAGAGACAUUUAUUACACGUAUCCUUCUUUAUUUUUGGAUCAGUCAAUGGUGGACCAAGCAAUUAAUGAUAUAUGUAUUUUUAUGCAGUGCAGUCGCCAUAACCUUAAUGUGGUUUCCGCAGGGAAUGGGUUAACUAUGGGCUGGAUAAGGUUCUCUGAAGGAGAGAGGAAAUUUGACUGCAUUAGUUCUCCCAACAGUGUCCAUCCCGUUCCCGUUCAUGUUGAGGAAGUUAAAGAUAUCAUUAGUGUUGCACAAUACAUAUUAGUUGUGGAGAAAGAAUCAGUUUUCCAAAGACUGGCAAACGACCAAUUCUGCAAUGCAAAUCACUGUAUUGUCAUCACUGUAAGCAAUCUUCUGAAGACAUUAGUUUCUUUUGGAACAAUAUUUCUUUGUUUGAAUUUUAUCUUUAUACAGGGAAGAGGCUACCCAGAUAUUCCUACAAGGAGGUUUUUGCGGCUUCUGGUAGAGAAAUUGCGACUGCCUGUUUAUUGCUUGGUAGAUUGUGAUCCCUAUGGCUUUGACAUUCUAACCACUUACAGAUUUGGUUCGAUGCAAAUGGCUUACGACACGAAACAUCUUCGUGUCCCAGAGAUACGCUGGCUUGGAGCUUUUCCUUCAGAUUCCGAGAGAUAUUUUGUUCCAAAGCAGUGUAUCCUUCCUUUGACUGCUGAGGACAAAAGAAAAGUUGAAGCCAUGUUACUUAGAUGCUACCUUCAAAGGGAGGUACCACAAUGGAGGUUGGAGCUAAAGCUGAUGCUCCAAAAGGGAGUAAAGUUUGAGAUAGAAGCCUUAUCUGCGCACGCACUUUCAUACUUGUCAGAUUCUUACAUCCCAUCUAAAAUUGAACGUAAAUUGAUUAUGUAGCAUAUUGGUCUUUCAUCUGUCAAGUUCUACACU